AAACCCCCCAGCUCUGUACCAUCCACUCCAAUUUCCUACUCCUUCGCCUCCUCUUCGGUCUAGCACAACAAAGAAAAAUCAUUAAGUCAACUCUCUUAUAUAUAUGCGCCUCUAGAACCUAUGGGCUUGGCGUCCACCCUUUCUCUCUGCUCUCAUCCACAGGCGCCCUUGCAUAUCCAGAGGCGGCAAUGCUUGGGAGUUUGUGGGCAAUUUGUGCGUCUUCCAAGUCUUUACUCGGCAAGAAAGCGUGGCGGGUUCAGAAUUUUGGUGGUUAGGGCUGCUUCCGGCGUCCGUGGUACUCAGAGUCGGUCUACUGGCGCUCGGAGAGUUUACCGACAGUCUCAGGCUGAAGGACCUUUAUCCAGUGGCCCGGUGAAGCAGAUUGCCUCCGUUGUUGUGCCUGCUGGAGUUUUCGUUGCCGCCACUUUCGUUGUAUGGAAAAUAGUAGAAAAGCUUCUUGUUCCAAAGCAACGAAAGCCUUUAUCUGCAGAAAGCCAAUCUUCUUCACAAGGCAUGAAAUGGUCUGUUGCAGCUGGGACAAAUUUGUUGUCUAAACUUGGGGCAAAGAUUGAAAGGGAAUCUAAACAGAAGCUCAAUGAGUUUGCUCGAGAACUGAAGUCAUUUCCUAGCAUUGAUAUGUCAGGACGCAACUUCGGGGAUGAAGGAAUAUUCUUUCUUGCUGAGAGUUUGGCAUUUAACCGGAUUGUGGAGGAGGUGAGUUUUGCUGCAAAUGGUAUAACUGCAGCUGGAAUGAAAGCUUUUGAUGGUGUUCUUCAAUCAAAUUUCACAUUAAAGACUCUUGAUCUUUCUGGAAAUCCUGUUGGAGAUGAAGGAGCUAAGUGCUUAUGUGACAUAUUGGUGGACAACUCCAGUAUUGAAAAGCUUCAGUUGAACAGUACUGACUUAGGUGAUGAGGGUGCAAAAGCUCUCGCAGAAAUGUUGAAGAAGAAUUCAACUUUACGGGUUCUUGAACUUAACAACAAUAUGAUUGAAUAUUCUGGAUUUACAAGUAUAGCUGGCGCACUUCUCGAGAAUAACAGCAUAAGGAACAUACAUCUCAAUGGGAAUUAUGGUGGUGCACUGGGGGCUAAUGCAUUGGCUAAAGCACUUGAAAGCAACAAGUCUUUAAGGGAACUUCAUUUGCAUGGAAAUUCUAUUCUAGAUGAAGGAACCCGUGCCUUGAUGUCAGGAUUGUCUUUGCAUAAAGGGAAACUUGCGGUUCUAGACAUUGGCAACAACUCAUUAAGUGCUAAAGGCGCGUUCCAUGUUGCUGAGUAUAUUAGAAAGAGCAAGAGCCUUUUAUGGUUGAAUCUUUACAUGAAUGACAUUGGUGAUGAGGGAGCUGAAAAAAUUGCAGACGCUUUAAAGGAGAAUCGGUCCAUAACAACAUUAGAUCUGGGAGGAAAUAACAUUCAUGCUGCAGGAGUUAAUGCCAUAGCUCAAGUUUUGAAAGAUAAUUCAGUCAUUACCACUCUAGAACUUAGUUAUAAUCCCAUUGGUCCAGAUGGGGCCCAGGCCUUAGCUGAAGUUCUAAAGUUUCACGGAAGUAUCAAAACCCUUAAGCUUGGUUGGUGCCAGAUAGGAGCAAAGGGAGCAGAGUUCGUUGCGGAUGCAUUGAAAUAUAAUACUACAAUAUCUGUUCUGGACUUGCGGGCUAAUGGACUGAGAGAUGAGGGUGCUGCCUGUUUGGCUCGCAGCUUGAAAGUGGUCAAUGAAGCUUUGACCUCAAUAGAUUUAGGAUUCAACGAAAUAAGGGAUGAUGGAGCUUUUGCAAUUGCCCAGGCACUAAAGGCUAAUGAUGAUAUAGCCGUCACAUCCCUAAACAUUGCCAGUAACUUCCUUACAAAAUUUGGGCAGAGUGCGCUAGCUGAUGCGAGAGACCAUGUUUAUGAGAUGACUGAAAAGGAAAUCAACAUUUUUCUAUAGAAUUCAUAGUUUGCUGUUAAUAUAUUUUGUGUUUCCAUUUGAGGAAGUACUGUUGGUACACGAGCAAAAAUUUUGGUUUUGUGGGGCCUUCUGGCAAGGACUCCUUUUCAUCAAUUUUGAAUUCUGACCAUAGAUUGAGGGGAAAACAUUUGAAUUAGCGUUUCAGAGAGUUCUUUUUGAAGAUUAGAUUUUGUGUAGAAUUUAAAGCUUGGAAGUUAGAACAAGAUACGAGCAUUGCAUAUUCUGUGCUAUGUAUGUCAUUGAAGACGUUGACAGUGGACCCAAAAAUAUAAUGCAAUAAAGUGGUUAUUUUAUUCAUGAACC